UGAUGAGAAACGUGUUGGUGGCAUUUUGCAAGUUAGGAAUUCUGUAUUACAGAGAGGCAAGACGUCUAAGAUCUUUCAAGAAUCACGUAUAAAUAUGACAAAGAACUCAUUCACAAGUUUCCUGAGUGUCGUGGCAGUAUUUUGUUUGCAAGAUCUUGUCAACGCAGAAUAUUGUCCUGAUAAUGUCAUUGCUGGGGAGUGCUUCAGAGAAAGAAUAGUUCCAUACGCCAUAGGAGCCACCACAGUUGGUUUUGUAUUUGGUAUUUUUCUUCUCGUCCUUUCACUGUGUCUCUUCUGCAAAACAAAAGUAAAAAGUGGAGCAAUUGAUUGGGUUCAUUCAAAGGAACCAAUCGAUUGGGUAAGAAGAGUUCAAGACUUGGGUACUGAAAAUAACGGACACCAGUUUGAACCUAGAAAACAAGGAUUAGGUGACGACAAACCACCACCUGCCAUGCCUCGUCAUUUCGUCUCAGACAGAUCUCUAUAUUCUGAACGUGGUGCCACAAGUGCGUAUCCUUCAUCCAAUGCGAGUGAUAUCGUCUCUGCGAUGGAUGAGAUCGAAGACGAGGAAUAUCGAUCACCAACGGGAUAUUUUUGGGAUACUAGUGGUGGCACUGGCGCCAUUGUUGGUCGAACACCAGGUUCAAAUUAUAAUGGCGAUCACCCCCCUGUAACUAGCUUUGGUGGCGCUACUCGGCACCCUCCUGCUCCAGAUACCUUCGUUGGUCGAGAUCUUGCUUUAUUUGAGAAAGAAAAAGGCUCUGAAUAUGCCGAAACAACAUCAUCGCAACAAAAUGUUCGCUCUGCUCAAAUAUUGCAUCAUAAGAAAAAUAUGGAAAACCCUUCACGUCGUUCUUCCUAUCGUUAAAUAAAAGUGAAGAUAACGAAAAAAGGAAAUUCUAUGCUGAAUACAGCAUUAUAUAAUUAUACUACAUCUUUUGAUAAUUUUUCAUAGUAUAUAUGUACAUAUAUGGUUCACCUUAUAAAACAGUUUCUCAAUGAAAAUCAUGUGAUUAAAGAAACUCCGGCAAUUCAACAAAUGGACAAUGGUCAAUCCCUUGGAAAAUGGAGCUUUGGCUGGGUUUAUCUUUUUACUAAGACACCAAAUAAGCUGUAUUUACAUACUGUAUUAAAGUAAUUCGUAUGUAUGUAGACAUGUACCAAAUCAAAUUCCAAUGUCCGAUAGGUAUUCCACGCGACAAAUCGUAUCCGAAACCUGACACUACUAAUUUUAAAUCCGAAAUACAGAGCUACAUUUACAAA